AUGAAAGAGUUGAUAACGCGCGUGAAGGGUUCCGAACGUGUGCCAAUUUUGUUGGUGGGCAACAAAGCUGAUUUGGAGCAUCAGCGAGAGGUUUCACAAGCCGAGGGCUCCAGUCUUGCACAAAUGUGGGGCUGCCCUUUUGUUGAAGCGUCUGCUAAAAGCCGCACCAAUGUGAAUGAAAUGUUUGCUGAGAUCGUGCGCGAAAUGAACACUGCAAGACGAGGCGGAUAUGUAGCCGUCUCAGCUCGACGGCCGCCUGCAUCCAGUGGGCGCCGGUGGAACACGGGUGCGCCCUGCCGGCCCCCGUCGCUGGACCAUUGGCGGCCGCGGCGCGCGUCAUAUCACGUUGUUAAUAUCUUUGAUACAUACCAUUGUCCAAUCAAGAUUGGCGGCGUAAUUCUGAAACUUCUCCCGCGCACCGCGAACCGCGCCUGCGUGUGGGGGGAACUA